AUGUCUCUGAAACUCUCUCACUCAGCAAUUAUUGUGCUCUUUCUCUGCUCCUUCACUACAAUCUUAGCUCAUGAAGAUGAAGACCCAACAAUCAAAACAAUGGAGGAUUUCUCUGGCUACCCUAUUCACGAGCCACACUUGAGCUUUCAGAACACUGUCUCUUCACUAUCCGUUGACACUCGAAGUUUGCAGAAACAGAUUGAUGAACUUUCAACUUUCUCGGAUACACCUGCCCCAUCAGUUACCAGGAUCUUGUACUCUGACAAGGAUGUAUUGGCUCGUAGAUUCAUCAAAAAUUUGAUGGGACUCUCUGGUCUCUCUGUUAGAGAGGAUGCUAUUGGUAACAUAUUUGGUCGGUGGGAAGGCUAUAACCCAGAUCUUUCUGCAGUUGGAACUGGCUCUCACAUUGAUGCCAUUCCAUACUCCGGAAAGUAUGAUGGGGUUGUGGGUGUUCUAGGUGCUAUAGAAGCCAUCAACGUACUAAAAAGGUCUGGGUUCAAACCUAAACGAUCACUGGAAGUUAUCUUGUUCACCUCAGAAGAGCCAACACGCUUUGGAAUCAGCUGUCUGGGAAGCCGCCUAAUGGCGGGGAGUAAGGCACUUGCUAACGCUCUGAAGACAACAGUUGAUGGUCAAAAUAUAUCCUUCUUUGAUGCUUCACAAUCUGCUGGUUACACCAAGGAUGAAGGGGACUUAUCCAGCGUGUUCCUGGAAAAAGGAAGCUACUCUGCUUUUGUGGAAUUGCAUAUUGAGCAGGGCCCUAUUUUGGAGGAUGAAGGUAUAUCAAUUGGCAUUGUAACAGCCAUUGCAGCCCCAGCAAGCAUAAAAGUGGAUUUUGAAGGCAAUGGAGGCCAUGCGGGCGCUGUCCUAAUGCCAAAUAGAAAUGAUGCUGGACUGGCAGCUGCAGAAUUAGCGCUAGCUGUUGAGAGACAUGUAUUAGAAUCUGGAUCUAUUGAUACUGUUGGUACAGUUGGUAUUCUGGAGCUACAUCCUGGAGCCAUCAACAGCAUCCCGAGCAAAUCACAUCUAGAAAUUGACACAAGAGACAUUGAUGAAGAACGAAGAAACAUUGUAAUUGAGAAAAUCCAUCAAUCUGCAAUUACUAUAGCCAGUAAACGUGGGGUCAAUCUAUCAGAAUUCAAAAUUGUAAAUCAGGAUCCACCAGCACUUUCUGAUAAAUCAAUACUUGAUGCAAUGGAAGCUUCAUCGAAAGAGCUAAACCUAACACACAAGUUUAUGAUUAGCCGAGCUUACCAUGAUUCACUGUUCAUGGCCAGAGUAUCCUCGAUGGGUAUGAUAUUCAUUCCAUGUUACAAAGGUUACAGCCACAAGCCUGAAGAAUAUGCCUCCAGUCAGGAUAUAUCUAAUGGGGUCAAGGUUUUAGCCUUGACCCUUGCCAAGUUGUCAUUGCAGUGA